AUGGUGUCCCUUCUGCAGGAGACCCUUCACGAGCUCCACUGCCAGCCUGCUGCCCCCAGCAAAGACUUCCACCGCUUGGCCACCACCAGCGCAGAGGUGAUCUGGAGUACUUGGAGGAUUUCCUUUCAAACUAGCCACGAGAAGGUUUUCCCCAAGGAGGUCAAGAAACUCCAUGCAGAAUUUUUGCUGGAUCAGCAGUUACAGAGCAAGUAUUGCACUAGCAAACAGAGGAUACACAAAGUGUUAGAAGCCAUCUCAGCCCUAGUGAAUAAGGCUUUUUUGUACUGGUGGGUGAGGAACGUCUUUGGCAACAACACCCUGGAGUACACAGUUCAUUUCUGUCAGGGGCAUUACGAUUUUCUCGUCCGAAUGCCCAAGGACAUAAUUGUACACAUACUGUUGUUUCUAGAUGCUGAUGACCUUCAACAGCUGUCAAAAACAUGCAAGAAGUCCCAGCAG